CCGGCGGCGGGGGAGGAGCGGAGCGGAGCGGAGCGGAGCAGAGCCACACCGUGCGGCCGCUCGCCGCCGGCCGCGCAGACUCUGCGAGGAGGCGACCACCGGAGCGGACCGCGGGGCGCGCCGGGCGGGGCCGCCCCCGGACCUCUCCCCCGCCCCCGGACCUCUCUCGCCGCCCCGCGGCAUGGUCGCGCCCGCCCCGCCUCGCCCCUACUGCCCGCCGGGGCCAGCGGGAAGAUGGAUGGGCACGUCCUGGGCUGGAUCGUCCUCCUGUGGCUCACAGCUGAGGUGGAAGGGUUGCAAGUCACCGUGCCUGAGAAGAAGAAGGUGGCAAUGUUGUUUCAGCCUGCUCUGCUUCGCUGCCAUUUCUCUACUUCUUCCACCCAGCCAGCUGUGGUGCAGUGGAGGUUUAAGUCUUACUGCCAAGACCGGAUGGGAGAAGCUUUGGGUAUGGUGACUUCUGGUUUACAAACAAUGAGCAAGAGAAACCUGGACUGGGAUCCCUACUUGGACUGCGUGGACAGCAGGAGGACAGUCCGUGUCGUGGCUUCCAAACAAGGAUCAGCCAUCACCAUAGGGGACUUCUAUAAGGAAAGGGAUAUCAGCAUUGUCCACGAUGCAGAUCUUCAGAUUGGGAAGUUGAUGUGGGGAGACAGUGGGCUCUAUUACUGCCUUAUUAUCACACCAGAUGAUGUGGAGGGCAAGAAUGAAGAAUCGGUGGAGCUGCUUGUGCUUGGCAGGACAGGGCUGCUUGCUGAUCUCUUGCCCAGUUUUGCUGUGGAGAUUAUGCCAGAGUGGGUCUUUGUGGGCCUGGUGAUCCUGGGGGUGUUCCUGUUCUUCCUCCUGGUGGGGAUCUGCUGGUGCCAGUGCUGCCCACACAGCUGCUGCUGUUACGUCCGCUGUCCCUGCUGCCCUGAGUCGUGCUGCUGUCCCCGGGCAUUGUAUAUAGCAGGCAAAGCAGCAAAAGCUGGGUACCCUCCUGCAGUCUCUGCCAUGCCAGGUGCAUACUACAUCCCCAGCGUUCCUGUAGCUGGCGUCCCCUCUCCUGCUGUGCUGAUGGAUAAGUCGCACCCAGCUCCCUUAGCCCCGAGUGAAGCCAGUGGAGGAAGCCAAAAUGCAGUGCGCAAAGGGUACAGGAUCCAGACUGACAAGGAGAGGGACUCCAUGAAGGUGCUGUACUAUGUGGAGAAGGAGCUGGCUCAGUUUGACCCGUCUAGGAGGAUGCGAGAACGAUAUAACAACACCAUCUCUGAACUCAGCUCUCUGCAUGAGGAGGACUUGAAUUUCCGGCAGCCCUACCGCCAGGCGCGAAGGAAACCUUUGCCUCCCGCGGAAGACCUGGACGGCGACGCCGAGUACUGGGCCGGGGUGAUGGGCGGGGGCGGCACAGCGAGGUCACAGGCGGUCUCCGACUACAGGGAUGAGCGGGACAGCUUCCGGCACAGCCAGGAGCGGUCCAAGUCGGAGAUGCUGUCCCGCAAGAGCUUCUCGGUGGGAGUGCCGGCCGUCUCCAUGGACGAGCUGGCAGCCUUCGCAGAGUCCUACAGCCAGCGGCUGCGCCGGGCCGACAGCCAGGAAACUCGGCGCUUCGAGCGGUCCGAGUCGCACGGCGGCCGCAGCGGAGGGCUGCCCCACCAGGACAGCUCCAUAGAGGAGUACUACACCAAGCGCAGCAGAGGCAACCGAGAGCUGCUGACGGACUCAGAGCGCGGCUGGUCGUACAGCCCGCCCCGGAGACGGGCCCAUGAGGAGAAGCACCUGCCCAGGCUGGUGAGCCGGACUCCCGGAGGCAGCCAGAAGUACGAUCACUCCUACCUCAGCAGCGUCUUGGAGAGGAAGUCCCGGAGCUACGAUGAGAGCAGUGACCAUUGUGAAACGCCCUCGAAGCUGAGCUCACAGCCCAGCCAGCGAGGAGGGGGGACAUACUAUGCCUGGUCACCACCCUCUACCUACAAAGCCGAGAAGUCGCAGCAGCAGUCACAGAAGCCACCAGCAGCGCCUCAGCAGGAGGAAGAGGAGGAUACCCUGCCCCCGUACAGUGAGAGGGAGCUGAGCCGAGGCCCUUCCUACAGGUCCAGGGAGCAGGCCUACCUCAAUGCCUCCGAGAAGAAGAGGAAAAAGGACCCCAAGAAAGCAAAUGAUUUCCCAACAAGGAUGUCCCUUGUGGUCUGAAGUUCCUGUGGACAUGUCAUGCUGAUGGGCUGGACACCAUGAGGUGACUACGGCAGAAAAGAUAGAGAGCAACGAGCAAGACAAGCCUCUGUGAACCUUCACAGCUAUCAGCCAUGCACUGUUUUGAUUGUUUGCUUCAUCGGGGGAGCAGAGGCUCUGAUAAGAGAUGGACUCCCAUGAACAGCAUUUGGUCUCAGAGGCUCUGGGACUCUGCCAGGAAAAUGAGGCCAGGGCUGUCUUUGGCACCUUGUUUUCCAGUGCCCUCCAUUCUGCACUGGAAGGUAGCCACGUUCCUGCUGUCCCUGCAGCCCUGGACUACAAGCAAGGCUGCCUUUGUGCCUCUUGCCCUGUCCCAUCUGCAGAGGCCAAUAUACUCUCUCUCUGUUCUCUAUUUGGAUCAGAAUUGUCUUCAUACUUAGAGCCUUGUCUGUAUCAUCCCCAUGCUGGGAGGAGGCCUUGUUCUUACAGCUGCAGACUGCCUCCAGCUGAUUGGGCCUUAAAUUGUGAAGGAAAAUCUCCAUCCUUACAGGCACUAUCACAGAGGACUGAUGAGGCGUUACUUCGGCAAGGGCUGAACAGAGAGAAACAAUGACAAGCUGGUUUGUUCAGUAUAUUUAGUUCUGUUCAUAGUGUGAUGAGAGUUGCAGGUGAGGUUGAUGUAUUGUUUUGAAAGUGGACCAAAGUAGCUUUAUUGUAACGAGAGCAUGAUGUGUUUUCCCCAUCCCAACUGUGAAUUGUUUUCAUACAGUUGGAUUUCCAUGCAGCUGAGCUAUGACCCUGUAGAGUUUCAAGCUACAAUAUCUACUCCAUCAUUUCAUAAGCAGUGCUCUAGCCUUGCUGGUGCUCUGCUUCCAGCACUACCAGACAUCUCUGCAUAGUGAGUGGCCUUUUUGUUUUAAAGAAGCAAAAAAAGGAAAGUCUUACUCUGGCAGUCUGGGGAGCUGUCUGGCUGCAGGUGCUCACUCUAGCAAUACUGUUUUGAACACAACAGGUGUUAACAUCGCUGCAGUUCUCCAGGAAAAUGGUGAUUCAUUUCUGUAUCACUCCUUUGCCAGAUCACCAGCAGUAGUCAGAGGAGAAGAAUAAUGUCCCUAGAUUUCAUGGCAGUGCAGUUUUCAUGCUAGAAGGUGAAUUUGGUGAAACCAUACCUUAUUUCUCCUCCCAUGCUCCUCCAGCAGUGACUAGUUGUGGAAAUCCCAGUCCUGGGUCUUCUGACCAGAGAAGAGUUAGCCUGCAAGGGCAUACAAUCAUGGACUCAGAACAAUCUGUGCAGGAGGGGAACUUUAAAUGUUUAGCUCCAACACUGAACAUCUUGUGCCAGAUUAGGUUGCUCAAAGCCCCAGCCAGCUUGACCUUGAACACUCUCAGGAAUCAGACAUCCACAACUUUUCUGGGCAGCCUGUGCCAGUGUCUCAUCACCCUUGUAGUAAAUAACUUCUUCCUUACAUUUAAUCUUUUCCAGUUUAAAGCCAUUACUCCUUGUCCUAUCACAACAGGCCUUGCUAAAAAGAUUGUCACCAUCUUUAUUAUAGGCUGCCUCUAAGUACUGGAAGACUGCUGUAAGUUCUCCCUGAAGCUUUCUUCAGGCUGAGCACCCCCAACUUUCUCAGCCUUUCCUAACAGGGAAGGUGCUUGAGAUUGCUGGUCAUCUUCGUGUCCCUCCUCUGCACCUGCUUGGUCUUAGUGCUGGGGCUCCAGAGCUGGACACAGUACUCCCAGUGGGGUCUCACGACAGCAGAGUAAAGGGAAAGCAUUGCCCCUCUCAGCCUGCUGGUUGUGCUGCUGAUGCGGCCCAGGGUACGGCUGGCCUUCUGGGGUGCAAGUGCACAUUACUGACUCAGGUCUAAUUUUCAUCUGUCACUAUUCUCAAGUCCUCCUUCAGAGGGCUGCUCUCCAUCUUUUAAUCUCCCAGCCUAUAUUGAUACAGGGUUUGCCUUGACUCAGGUGCAGGAUCUUGCACUUGGCUUUGUUGAACUUCAUGAGGUUCAUACAAGCCCACUCCUCAGGCCUAUCAGCAUCUCUUUGGGUGGCAUUCUGUCCCUCCAGUCGAUGAACUGCAUCAUUCAGCUUGGUGUCACCCACCAAUUUGCUGAGGGUACACCUGGUCCCCCUCUGUCAAUAAAGAUUGAACAGUAUUAGCCUUAAUACAGACCCUUGAGGGACAUCACUUCUCUAUUUGGACACUGAGCCAUUGAUUGCAACUCUGGAUGCAGCCAUCCAGUCAGUUUCUUCUCCAUCAGAUAGUCCAUCCCUCAAACCCUUAGCAUGGAAUCAUAGAAUGAACCAGGUUGGAUGAGACGUCCAAGCUCAGCCAGUCCAAUCUAGCACCCAGCCCUAGACAAUCAACCAGACCAUGGCACUAAGUGCCCCAGCCAGGCUUGGCUUCAACACCUCCAGACACAGCGACUCCACCACCUCCCUGGGCAGCCCAUUCCAAUGCCAAUCACUCUCUCUGCCAACAAUUUCCUCCUAACAUCCAGCCUAGACCUCCCCUGGCACAACUUGAGACUCGUGUCCCCUUGUUCUGUUGCUGCUUGCCUGGCAGCAGAGCCCAACCCCACCUGGCUGCAGCCUCCUGUGGUGGUUUGGCUUCCCUUCAGGUAGUUGUAGCCAUCAGUGAGGUCUGCCCUGAGCCUCCUCUUCUGCAGGCUGCACACCCCGAGCUCCCUCAGCCUCUCCUCACAGGGCUGUGCUCCAGGCCCCUCACCAGCUUAUCUCCAGUUUAUGGGCACAGAUGUGGUGUGGAACUGUCAAAGGGCUUGCAAAAUUCAAGGUGAGAUGACAUCAGUUUCUCUUCCCCAUAUCCACCAAUGCAGUCACUCCAUCAUAGAAGCCCUCCAGAUAGUCAGGCAUGAUUUGCUUUUUGUGAAGCUAUGUUGGCUGUCUCUAAUCACCUCCCUGCCAUCCAUAUGCUUUGGCAUAGCUUCCAGAAGGAUGUCUUCUGUGCUCAUAACUGGGCACAGAGGUGAAGCUGACUGGUCAGUGGUUCCCAGGGUCCUCUUUUUCACCCUUUAAAAAAAAAGGGUGUAGUUCCUUUUAUUCCAGUUCCUUCCUGACCCCCUUGGGAGAGCAGCUGCAUUUGCCAGCUGCAUGCCAACUACAGGUAUUAUGUCUGCAGAGACUACAUUUCAAGUGGUUUUAAUUGUGCUUUUUGUCUUUAAUACACAUUGCUAGGAAAAUCACAGCACACGUAGCAAGAGGCAGGCAGGUGAUCUCUGGAUCUCACAGGACAUCCCUGUGGCCUUGAGAAGCCUACAGAGGUACACUGCAUGCUAGUGUAGAUUAAAGACUUCAUCCCUGACAUAUGACGAUACUAGCAGCAAAGAAAUGUGGAUGUUUUGGCAGUCUGAAAACCUUGGGAAUCUCUGUGCCAUGGAUUUCAAGGAAGUUUGGCUUUGCAUCUUCUCCAUUAGGCAUCCAGCAGACUCAGGAAACGUUUUGCAUAGAAAUGUGACACCGCAGUGACUGUGUUGGGAAGGAGCCAAACUGGUGAUCUGACAGCCUCUGAAGACCAGUACCGUGUGGAUCACAAUGAGAGCCAGUGUCACAACCUCCUCCUCACUGCAGUUACAUCUGCCCCCUUUUCGGUCACUGCAGGCUGUUUGGUCAAGGCCUCAGGAAUGAGUUGUGUGCAUCAGAAAUACAAACCUUCCCCUCACUUGUGGGCAUCAGUUUUGUUUGCUUGAAGCUGGCUGUUUGGAGCAUUUGUGCACCAAGUGUAAGAAGUUGCCUUUGAUGUAUCUCGCUUAUAAAUAGGCAGUUGCAAGUUAAUUCUCUUAAGCAAACGUUUAAUUGUAGAAACAGUGGUUCAUAAGAACCAUCCAACAUUCCUUCUGAGUCCAAGUACCUGGAAGAGUAUUGACAAUGUUAUGAUUAAUGAUUCUAUGAGUGCUAUCAGAUGAUAAAAAGUUCAGCCCCCAAAAAACAGAGCAGGUCUUACUUAAGUCCCUGAAGUUGGAUCUGGUGGGCACCCCAUCAGCUGCCUCCACCUUGCUCUAAAAUGUAAAUUCCCUAUCACCCUGUUCAAACUGGAAAGACUUCUCAGUUGCUCACAGCCUCUAUCUUCAGGCUGCUUUUGUUUUGCUUUAUUUUAAAAAGCUUCUGCAGCAGCACCAAGUGGACCAAAUCAAAAAAACAUGAGAGGUGACACAGAGGAGGGACUCCUCUGUAGAGUUACACAACCCCAGUGAUGUGAGUCAUAGAAUCAUAGAGUCAACCAGGUUGGAAGAGACCUCCAAGAUCAUCCAAUCCAACCUAUCCCCCAUCCCUAGCCAUCCAGUCCAACCUAUCCAACCAAGAUCAUCCAGUCCAGCCCUAUCCAGUCAACCAGACCAUGGCAUUAAGUGCCCCAGCCAGGAUUUGCUUCAACACCUCCAAGGACAGUGACUCCACCACCUCCCUGGGCAGCCCAUUCCAAUGCCAAUCACUCUCUCUGCCAACAACUUCCUCCUAACAUCCAGCCUAGACCUCCCCCGGCACAACUCGAGACUGUGUCCCCUUGUUCUGUUGCUGGCUGCCUGGCAGAAGAGACCAACCUCACCUGGCUACAGCCUCCCUACAGGUGGUUGUAGCCAUCAGUGAGGUCUGCCCUGAGCCUCCUCUUCUGCAGGCUGCACACCCCCAACUCUCUCAGCCUCUCCUCAUAGGGCUUGGUAGAGGGCCAGAAGCUGGUGGAGAGGCUGAGAGGAGCCUCCUGUUUCAGGAAAUAACUAAUGCUUUGUACCUGCUCCAUCUUUGAGAACACCUGCAGCUGCUGGCACUGGACAAUAAUGAACCUGGUUAUUAUGUGGUCUCAAGUUCUCAUUUUCCAGUAAUCCAGUAAUGCUGCUGGCAUAAAAUUAAAAUCCCCUUCAUAUAGGAUAUGGGUGCCUGGGUCAUGUCAAGGACACGAUGGUUCUUUGGCUUUAAAAUGAAGCAUCACAACAGUGACAAUGAGAUACUGAGUAAAUUCUGUAAUAAAAAAAGAAAGUCAUUAAAAAGAGCUCUUAGACCAACAGCACAAUCAGGCAUCAGUGGUUAAUUUGGCUGUGCUGGCAGAAAUGUGAUCUGGGCUACUGAACAACUUCUUGACAUAAUGGAAUGGGAAAAUAAAUACUGAUGGUAAUGACUUCUAA